AUGUCCGGCGCGCUGGAAAGCCUCAGGGCGGCCGCCGAGCGUAUCGUCCUCGACCCGAAAUACCAUGACUUGUUGACCGUAGUCAAGGGCGCCCGCAAUGGCGCCGUCUACGGGACCAAAGUGCGGUUUCCGCAUGCGCUCGUGAUGAUCAUGCUCUUCCGCUCCGGAACACUCCGCGAAAAAGCAUGGCUCAUCUUCCGCGCGACGAGAACGCACGCCCGAAACCUGGCCAAGUUUGCCGCCAUCUACAAGGCGACGUGUCUGCUAUUAAAACAUUUCGGGCCAACACCAGGCAAGGAAGGCCCCUACGACAGCUUCAUCGCCGGCCUCCUCGGCGGCUACGUCGUGUUCGGGCGGCGGUCCAAGCGCUCGGGCCGGAUCUCGAGCGUCAACCAGCAGAUCGUCAUCUACGUGUUCGCGCGCGUCGUGCUGGCGCUGGCCCGCCUCGCCGUCAAGCCCGGCGCCGGCCUGCCGCUCGUGUCGGACCCCGCGCGCAGCGCCGCCAUCAGCCGCUACGCCUGGCCGUUGUUCGCCAGCCUGUCCUGGGCCGCCGUCAUGCACCUGUUCAAGUGGCACGCCGCGGAGCUGCAGCCCAGUCUGAGGAGCAGCAUGACGUACAUCUACGCGAAUGCGGAUUCGUGGGAUGGGUUGCGGACGCUGGUUUGGCAUAAUAAGUGA